AUGGAGUUAACCCCAACGUGUAUAGUUGUUGCGGAAGAUAGAGAAGGUCGAGAAGAAGAUAUCAAGGUUCUUACAGAGCCCCCUCCGGGCUCAAGUCCUCGAUGGCAUGCAUCAUGUGAGAUUCGAGACCACCGAGUGGUUGGUGUAUAUGUUGUGGAUCGAUUCACAUUUUAUACAUUAGCUUUCUUUGAGAGGCUCAAUAUGUAUGACAAUGCAUCAUUAAUCAGUCUGUUUGGUUCAUUUAAUCCUAAUCUACUGCUGUCAACUGCAUAUUAUCGAACAGAUUUAUACCAACAAGAAUUGGAGAAGCAGCAACAGCCAAAUCUGUCAAGUCAAAUGUAUGUUCAGCCUAGUCAAACAUAUGUUCAGCCAGAAAGAGCCUAUCAAAGUACAGGUGCUCCUCAUCAACCUAUUUCCUCAUUUCAGAAUAAAGGAUUGGGCUUAGGUGUUGAUCAAGAGCGUGAAAGGGAGCAGAUUGAUAGGGCUUUACUGAAGAAUGUUCUAGAUAUAUUUGUGGAGAUAGGAAUGGGACAAAUGUAG